CAUCACGUGACCGGAUCUUCGGCUGUUUGUCAACAAUGUAGGAGCGUCCGCUCCGGAAAGCGGGCGCAGUUGUUGCGACGUUUCAAAUCAGAAAUAGAUUAUUUGGAAAUUUGAACGCCGUAGUUUGUUUUGAAUGAGGGUUGGGUAACUAUUUGCGAAAAUGAACGAAAACUCGCCGCUCUCGGGAGUAAAUGUAGUGCUGGUUAUGGCCUACGGGAGCUUGGUGUUUGUGUUGUUGUUUAUCUUUGUGAAGAGGCAGAUUAUGCGGUUUGCUGUGAAGUCCCGCAGAGGACCGCACGUCCCGGUGGGACACAACGCCCCAAGGGAACUCAAAGAGGAGAUUGAGUCUCGGCUGUCUAAAGUGAAUAACAUCCGCUAUGAGCCACGGCUGCUGUCACAGGAUGAUGACCGGCUGAAGCAUCGUGGGCAGAAUGGCUGUUAUAACUACCUGUACAGAAUGCAAGCACUGGAUGCCAUCAGAGACACUGGUGUCAUUUCUCCUGAUCUGGCCCGCAGCCCCAGUGCUCUGACCGGCCCCUGCUACAGGAAGUGGCUGCUGGACCUGCGCAACACUCACUCGCUGAUCAAAGCCAGCCACAGCAGCCUCAUCGACCGCCUGCUGGAGGGCUACGAGAAUGCUCGUCACGGCACUGCGGUCUUCGGCGAAGCUGAAUUCCUCAAAUACAAAGAAGACUUGGCCGAGCUGGCUGCCAUUGUAAAGGUGCACGGCAGCUCCAACAGCCUGAACCAGCAGCACCAGUCGGCAGCUAAAGACCUGACGAGCUCGCCUGGCCCGUCCUCCGCCUCCACCAUCCAGGUGACGUACCUGCCCUCCUCAGGUCAGCGCAGCAAGAGACCCAAACACUUCCUAGAGCUCAAGAACUUCAAAGACAACUAUAAUACACUGGAGAGCACGUUAUAGGAACCCGUGCACUUGUCCGGUCAGAGACACGCUAGGCCUGACAUUGACGAUGGACUGGCCUCGGUGUAGUGGAGAGGACUCGGCUGACUGCGGCAUGGAGUGGAGGAUGAGUGUCAAAGACUGAACCUGGGGCUCCUUCAAACCUCAGUGACUUACAGAAUAGAGAGGAACAAACACAGACAGGCCAAAAGGAGACCGGUCUGUGCGACGGUGACGAGCCGAAAACCCGUCUUUGGGAGACAAUUUUAGAAGAUAGUGGGAGAUAAUAGUGUUAAGGUACGACUGAAUUUAUCGGUUAAAAUGCUGUCAGUGUUACGUACUGUACUGAGGGAAAAGUCACUGCCGCUGUUUCUCAGCAUUCCUUCAUUCAGAGCUGCCUGUAUAAACUAGAGAAUAAACAAAGAGAUUACAACACCUGAACAGAAAAAUGCCUGACGUACUGUAUACGAUUUGAUAAGUGAUCAGGAGCUUUCAGAUCCAAGCAACGGGAUGAGAAAGAGCCGGAUUAAUGCCCUUUUAAUGCUUAAGUUCAUGCAAUUCUUCCACAGUCAGUACGUUAAUGUAGCAUCUGGUAACAACUCGGAAUAAUACGAUAGAAAGGGCAACCUAGGAGAUGUGACAUGCUUGUACAUAUGUGAAGUCCUUUUAAGUGCACUUUAUUAGCAGCGUGUGUGUGUACAGGAGGAAUGUAAGCAUUCUGUGCUACUAUGCAUUUAGGCUUAGGGUCUGUGCGUAUGUGACUUCACUCAUGAAUCGUCUCAAUCAAAAUUAAACCUUGUGUGUCUUUUGUA